AUGGCUUUUGCGAUCAACGAAGAGGAGAUGCUGCACCGCCGAGUAAGGCGGCGACGGAGGCGCCUUGUAUAUUAUUUGAUGAGAAUGCGCGCCGAAAGUGGAGAGGUAAACCUGUUAUCUUAUCUGGCAUUCAACAGGCACACAAUAGUUGUGCCAUUGUCACUCCCUGUGUAUCACGUGAAUUCCCCCUUUAAUUCACAACAGUGCAUGCCAUGGAAAUCUUCAUAGGUGUCAAAAAAUAUUAUUUCGUUUACUAACAUCAGCUGAAAAGCCAACAUUGUCUGUUAGUACAUGAGACAUUAACCUGCACAAUUCACAAUCAUUGCAAGCAACAUCCAUGCCAUGACCGUUCUUUCUCCUGCUUUAUUCCUAACGCAGACCGGACCCCUGAACUGCAGGUUAAAUACGGGGGUUCCGGUCCUCCAAAGGUUUUUCGCCGGCGACGACCCCAGGGAGGACUUCAGGCUGAGCAGAGAGUCCCUGGCAGUGCUGCUGGACCUCCUCCAUCAGGAGCAGAGGCAUGGAUGGGGCGCCACAAUAGAGACUCUGGUUCUCCUUUUUUGGCUGGCCAGUGGGGCAUCAUACCGGGUGGUCUCAAGGGUGUAUGGGAUGCCCCACUCCACUGUCCACCGCAGUGGCGGCUGCUGGUCUCUCAAGGAGGGGAAGCUCAUUUUUUGGCCUACAUCAUAAUUGUAUUUGUUUAUUUGUAUGUAACAGAGCAGAGUCGCCAAACACAACGGCAGUCAUUUUUAAAAAAGACUAAAGUCGCUGAGGAUCGGUAAAGUCUCUGGAGCAGUUAAGAACAAUGAAAUGAAUAACUUGGAAAAUGCUCUGGUAGAUGUUUUAUUUUUCAAGAUCGCUGAUUCGCUUGUCUAGCUGUCAAUCAAAAAAGGAUUUCGCCUCAGACAACUCAUCCAAUCAUGGAUGCAGUAGCUCAGCGUCCGGGAGAAAGUUGGGACCGCCAUCUCGUCAUAGAACUCCAGAGACGCUGAGCGGGACAAAGCCCAGCAUUUAUCCAAUGAGCGUCUAGUUUCACUGCUGGAACAACCCACUUUGAGCUUCCACAUUGAAGUCAGCAGACGCUGAGCGUCCGGCUGUGUGAAGUGCUGAGGCGCUGCGAGGAUGAAUGAGAACGAAGUUGUGCCAGUUACCUGUGAUUAUCAGCUUCUUAUCACAGUGUGAUAAGAAGCUGAUUCUGAACAAAAGAUGAAGGCUUUCUAGCGCAUAUUUAGGUAAUGAAAUGUACACACAGCAGUACGUAUUUCACCACCUUUUUCUUUUUUUUGGGGGGGUGACAUUUUAAGGGAAGCUGAGCUUCCCUUGCAGUCUUAGAGCAAUCGCCACUGGUCCACUGAGUUAUGGAGGAGGUAGUGGCCAUUCGCCACAGGGUCAUCUACCUCCCGAGGUCCGCUGAAGACCUGGCGGCCGUAACUCGGGGGUUUGCAGGGCUGGCUAGGCACUGCGCUUUUCUCAAAGCUCCCAGUGCAAUCAACGGCUGCCAUGUACGAAUUAAGCCACCAAGCGUUCCUGAUGGUCACUGUUACAUUAACAGGAAACUGUUUGCGUCCAUCAUUUUGCAAGCAGUCUGUGACCAUCAGGGCCUCUUUAUUGACACCUACGUGGGCUGGCCAGGGUCUGUGCAUGACGCCAGGGUACUCCGGCACAGCCCACUGUACAGCAGAAUGUCUACCCUCCUCCAGGGCAUUUCAUUCUCGCAGACAGCGGGUACCCGUGCCUCCAGCACCCACUCCCCCUCAUCACUCCCUACAGGCUGCCGGUGCGAGGUGUGGCGGCCCAGCACUUUAACGGGCAUCAUGCCAGGGCACGCUCUGUAAUUGAGCGUGCCUUUGGCAUGAUGAAGACCCGCUUCCGUGCCAUCUUUUUAAAAGCGCUGGAGAUCCGCCACACCUUCUUGCCACAGGUACAUCAUCACUGCACACAAUAUUUUUGUUACACUUAAGUAAAUAUUAAUUAAUUAAAUAAAUAAAUAAAAACACGAAAACUUAUUAUAUAUUAUUAUACUUAUAUUGUUAUAUUUUUUUAUUUAUUAAAGGUCUAUAUACUUUAUGUUUAUAUAAAUAUUCCUCUUAAAUUCAGGUCAUCACCGCUUGUGCCGUCCUGCAUAAUAUCUGCCUGGGUGCCGGUGACACCAUGGCACCAGAGGAAGAUGUGCAGGACGGCAUGCUGGGGGAUGAGGCGGAGGACAGGCUGGAGGCAGUCAGUGGUGCCCGCUGGCGGGACAGAUUGUCUGCAGAGGUGUCGGCCCUGGAGGAGGUAGACCACAACCAUGUCUACCUGUAAUCGGCAAAUACAAUUCAUCUAAAGUUUCUCCUCUGUGGCACAGAAUGUUUGUUGGUUACUGAUCAGCUUUUUAGACCUCAGAAGAUGCGACUUAAAAAUUGUUGGACUCUGUUAGCCUACUAUUGUCUCUCUCUUUAAAAUAGGCAUGGCAGCCGUCGAACCAGCCCUGCAAACCCGGACGAUGUGGAGGACAGUGGAGACGUGCAGCCAAAACACCCAGACCACCCACAUGAUGUCCCACUGCCAGUAGACAUCAGAGUCUCUAUUGUGGUGUCCCAUCCAGCCCAGCAGCACUGCCAGAGACUCCUGCUCAGCCUGGAGAAGAGGAGGCACCAUGACAGGGCAGGCAAUAGCCCAAAUGUCCUGAGUUUCUUAAGUUCUGUUUAUACAGUGGUGCCUGUUUGA